UGUGUGUGUGUGUGCGCGCGUGUUGUCUGUGUGUGUACGCAGGGAAAAGCUAAUGGAUGUAGUGAAGCUGGCGCUGGAGAAGGGGAGAGGGCAGCAGGCUCCGGCCGCUGUUGCAGCUGUUGCUCAGGCUCCUGCCCUGGCUCUAGCUCUGUCUCCGGCUCCAGCUCCAAUUCCGGCUGGGGCUCAGGCUUCGGCUCCGGCUCCGACUCCGGCUCUGGCUCCGGUUCCAGCUCGCCGCCGCCUCCUCCUCCUGCCCCGGCCACCACCGCCGCUGCUGUCCCUUCGGCAGUCAGAGAUGCUGCCGCUCCUGCCCAGCAACCAGCACCGGCUCCGAGCUCGCAGGAAAAGAAAGGAGCUGCUGCUGGGCCAGGUCUGCUUCCUGGGCUCGCUCUUGCUGCUCCUCUCGUCUCUGGGUAACUGGGCUGAUAAAGCCGGUUAUUAUAUCUUUGAUUAUAUGGAAACAAGUGACAAGUGGAGUGGGAGAAGACUACUGCAAGAGAAUACUACCUUGAUUCCAGAGAAUACAGAACCCUUGCAUGGUAAAAACUGCACUGACCCUGCUCUCCAUGAAUUCCCUAGUGACAUCUUCACAAAUGAGGAACGACGACAAGGAGCUGUGGUCUUACAUGUCCUCUGUGCCAUGUACAUGUUUUAUGCUUUGGCCAUUGUGUGUGAUGACUUCUUUGUCCCUUCCUUGGAAAAGAUUUGUGAACGUCUCCAUCUCAGUGAAGAUGUGGCUGGAGCCACUUUCAUGGCAGCUGGAAGUUCAGCUCCUGAGUUAUUUACAUCUGUUAUAGGUGUUUUUAUCACAAAAGGAGAUGUGGGUGUUGGAACCAUUGUUGGCUCAGCUGUUUUCAAUAUUCUGUGCAUCAUUGGUGUCUGUGGGCUUUUUGCUGGGCAGGUUGUGGCUCUGUCUUCUUGGUGUCUCCUGAGAGAUUCAACUUACUAUACACUGUCUGUCAUUGCCCUCAUUGUGUUUAUAUAUGAUGAAAAAGUAUCUUGGUGGGAGUCUUUAGUGCUAGUCCUAAUGUAUAUUAUCUACAUCAUUAUUAUGAAAUACAAUGCUUGCAUACAUCAGUGCUUUGAAAGGAGGACAAAGAGUGCUGGGAACAUGGUCAAUGGGUUGGCCAACAAUACUGAAAUUGAUGACAACAGCAAUUGUGAUGCAACGGUAGUGCUCCUUAAGAAAGGUAACCGUGAAGCAAAUUUCCACCGCAAAGCUUCAGUGAUCAUGGUGGAUGAGCUACUGUCUGCAUAUCCACACCAGCUUUCUUUUUCUGAAGCUGGGCUCCGGAUCAUGAUUACCAGCCACUUUCCCCCAAAAACUCGGCUCUCCAUGGCCAGCAGAAUGUUGAUUAAUGAGAGGCAAAGAUUAAUAAAUAGCAGAGCUUAUGCAAAUGGAGAAUCAGAGGUGGCCAUCAAAAUCCCCAUCAAGCAUGCUGUUGAGAAUGGAACAGGACCUAACAAUGCCCCAGAAAGAGGUGCAAAUGGGACCCGAAGGGAUGAUGAUGUUACUGAGGCUGGCAAUGAAACUGAGAAUGAGAACGAGGACAAUGAGAAUAAUGAGAAUGAUGAAGAAGAAGAGGAGGAGGAAGAGGAGGAUGAGGGACCUUACACUCCAUUCGACCCACCCUCUGGCAAAUUGGAAAUAGUGAAGUGGUUGUUCACCUGGCCACUGAGUUUGGUUUUGUACUUUACUGUUCCCAACUGCAACAAACCCCGAUGGGAAAAGUGGUUUAUGGUGACAUUUGCCUCCUCCACCUUGUGGAUUGCAGCCUUCUCCUAUAUGAUGGUUUGGAUGGUUACAAUUAUUGGCUACACUUUAGGUAUUCCUGAUGUGAUCAUGGGAAUCACAUUUCUGGCAGCUGGGACAAGUGUGCCAGAUUGCAUGGCCAGCCUCAUUGUUGCAAGACAAGGGAUGGGUGACAUGGCUGUCUCCAACUCCAUUGGGAGCAAUGUGUUUGACAUUUUGAUUGGCCUGGGCCUCCCGUGGGCUCUGCAGACCCUGGCAGUGGAUUAUGGUUCAUGCAUUCGCCUGAAUAGCAGGGGACUGAUCUACUCUGUUGGCUUGCUCUUGGCCUCGGUUUUCGUCACGGUGUUUGGUGUCCACAUGAACAAGUGGAAGCUGGACAAGAAGCUGGGGUUCGUGUGCCUUUUCCUGUACGGCAUCUUCCUGUGUUUCUCCAUCAUGACUGAAUUCAACGUUUUCACCUUUGUGAACUUGCCCAUGUGCAGGGAGCACUGAUCCACUUGGCAAGGCUGAGGUGCCAUUUCCUUCUUGUUUCUGUGCAAUACUCAACAUGGCCGGCACCCCCCAAGAGCACGGGGUGCUUCUGAAGGGCCGUGAAGUACAAUCUAUCCUGCUCGCCGUCCUCCUCUCUGGUUAGCCCUGGAUCCCCUCCAUUCUUCCUCUUUCCCAUUCCCAAGCUCCACCUCUUCACUCCCAUGGGGGAAAACCUUCUGUGUUGAUGUGAAGACUUUCCACAUUCAUAUGAUUUUCCAAUCUCUAUCUCUCCGAACAGUGACUGGGAUUCUAGAAGCACUGGCUGCUACCUGGCACUGAGCCAGACAGAACUUGCUCCAAUUCCUCCUCUUUUUUAAGUUAUUUGAUGGAAGACUAAUCUAAUUUAUGACUUAAGAUUGUGGGUGAAAUAGAGAAGAAGAGGCUACACUGAUUGUAUGGGGUGUUUUUCUGAGGAUAAUUAUGGGAUUCUGGGUUUGGGGUUGUUUUGUUCUGUUUUUUUUUUUUUCCUUUUUCCAGAAAGCCUCUCUUACAUCUUUUUCUCCUGUGUUUUGGAUUACAAUCAAUGAUCCAAAAGUCAAAAGUGCAGUGUUUAUGGAAACUGAACUCAAGGUACUUUGGAGUAUGAGUGGCUUUGCUGUUUAUUAAAAGGAGUUGGUGAGGCAACAGAGAAUGACUUUUUACUCGGAAUUAGUUAUCUCUUAAGGUCCUAUAAGGAAACACAGAAGGGAAAGUACAUUGGAGGGAAGACAACACUUUUCUGGUGUCCAUUCUGGCCAUCACCUUAUUGUUAGGCUAUUUCUAGCUUUCCAAGCAAUAGUUCCAGCCUGCCAGCCUGCCUGAGCCUUUGACAAGGGGAGCCUUGGCUCGCCCCAUCCACAAGGUCCCAGGUAUAGUCUGUGUCCUAAGCUCCCCUGUACCUGUUAGAAUCCUCCUGUUAGAAUCAUAUUCAGGGUGACCUGGAUAGAAACAAACGGCUUCCGCCUUUUGUAAAUGAGUUAGAGACACUGGUUUCUUUGAAAAGAAAGAAGCGUACUUUGCACAGAUGUUGUCGAUGAAGUCACAAUUUGCCGCUCAGUAAUGAGUACACUGGACCCAGCCAGAUUGCUAAUGGGUGAACUUUCCUAAGAGAACACUGCCGAGCUGACUCACCUCUCCCUGGAGGGGAGCCUCCUGGAGGGUCGGGGGGAGGACCAGAGGAACAGAGAGAUGGCACUUUUCAAAAUGCAGAAUGUGUUCGAUGAAUACUCACUCAUGAGCAUAAGUUAUUGUGAAAGUUUUUGCCAAUCACUGCUCUGAAUAGCCCUGCUAUUUUGUAUGAUACUGUAUGAAUAUGCAGAAAAAUCCCAUCAAGUUGAGAAACACCUAUGCUUGUAACACUUGUAUUUAUUGAAACUGUGGAUCUUCCCCAUGCUGAUUCUUGUAUUUACUUUAAGCACUGAUCACUUCUAAUUCAUUCAGGACAGUCCUUUCUCCACCCAGCCCCCUCCUUCCCACCCCACCCCCCUUACACCCAUACACAUACAUGUAAUAGCAUAUUACAAGCUUAGAGAAUGUCUUUGUCUAUGGUACAAUGGCCAAUACUAGAAUGAGAAUAGGAGGCCUAUUUUUUAAAACAAACAAACAAAAAAAAGAAACCACUUAUUUUUACUUGUAGCAGGAAACCUGUUCACAGAGCUGAUACAUUUAUCAACUGUGUUGCACAUUUGCACUUGAUUAUUUGAGAUUGGUUUUCUUUGGACAGAUUGUGUCUAAUAAACUUCUCUAAUCUUUAGUUUUCAUAGAGCACAACAUAUAACUUUCUAUCCAGAUCAGGGUCUGUUUGGCAUUAACUCACUUGGCACCAACUAGCAAAAGCUGUCAUACUCAUCAUGUGGACAAAUAUUCACAUCUGCAACUGCCUCUGUAUUGAUUUACCCAGAAAUAGAUGUAUAUAAUUAGCUACCUUAAAUAAACAAGAUGGUGGUGACUGGCAGAAUGCAGAAGUGAACAGAUGGAAGAUUGGACACCUGUAAAUCAUAAAGGACCUUUAUACCCGUCAUCUUCUAAACUAUACUCUUACAUGGCAGUGUGUUUAGCACUAUACUCCAUUUGUGUGGCUAUGCAAAUUGGAAAUGAUGUUCUAACACUGAUAAGAUUUAGAACUUUUACUGUGUUCAUAUAGUCCAUUUCAUUUUAUUCUGCCUGUGUUUAAUCAUGACAUGACUCAUGGUAAUAUCUCCCUAAAACUGGUUUUUGUUACUUUGUUUUUUAUUUUUUUUAAAAGACCUUGAGACCAUCAUUAUAAAAAGCCAUAUUCACAAUCAAGGUAGAUCUAGAGGAAUACUUUCCCUACGUUUUGAAGAGCUUAGGAUGGAUUCCUAAACCAAUUUUGACAUUCAACCCGUUCCUCACCUAUAAAAUUCAAUGUAGCUCAAUUGGGAAAAAAAAUAGUUGGGGAAAAAAAUGAAGUGUUUAUACUACUGGUCUACCAGUAUUCAUCUAAAUGGAGUCUAGUUAAGACUAUUUAGAGCUUUAUCUGUGAAAUAGCCAUUAUCUCACAGCAGCAAUAUGUGGCUUAUCUUAAGAAAUAUUCCAUCCCUAUGGCAUCCCUAUUACAUUUGUUCUGAGUGUUUGCCAUAAAUGACAUUAUUGUUACAUUUGUGAAUCUUAAAAGUAGCCUACAAGUACUUUAGGUAUUUCAGUUUUGUUGUCAAAAGUGUAGUUAUAAUUUCCACUGCCCCCAGCAAGCAGCAGCAUGGAACAUACCUUCAGACCAACUUUUAAAAACAAAAUCAGGAGUGAGAAGCUACAAGGACACCUUGGAUCAGCUACUACAAAGGCUGAUGAUGGGAGGGAAAGGAAUACAAGGUUAGCUCACCAUCUAUUAGCUUCCUAUCUUAACUUAAGUAAUCUUGCUAAUUAGGUGCUAAGCUAUUUCAAGAUUAUGAAUAAAUGCCCUCUAAAUUUCAAAAUCCUGGGAAAGCCCUUUCAGUACAGGUCUCCUGGUUGAUACUUUAUAAGCUAUGUUAGAAGAAUCCAUAUAUUGGCUAUUACACUUUGAGGAAGUUGUUCUUUUGCUCCUAAGGGUAGGCACUUGAUAUAGAACUUAUUUUGUCUAAAUGUAUCUACUGCCACAGUGAAACCAUCAAAAACUAUAUUCAUAUGCUAAAUCAUUCAAUGGGAAAAUUUAGUGGGAAUACCUAUUUCCCACAUUCCCCAUGGUAAUAGUGCUCUCCUAUAGUUAUCACACAAAAGUGAAAAUGAAAUCCUUAAUUUUCCCAUCUGAAAAAAAAUGAUUGAACAUAUCUUCCCAGGAAACUUGAAAAAUUAAACACAAAAAUUGCAACCUAAAUGUGAGCCUCUUUUUCAUAUGCAGCCUGAGGAGCAAUCAAAUAAGAAAGCUUACUAGGCUCACAAUGUUAGUAUGCUAAUGUUAAUAUGUUAUUGUUUGUCAUCUUAAUUUGUUUGGGGGUGAGGAGCAGGCAGGGAUAAAACCUUUUAAAGCUCCUAAACUUGAGAAUUAUGCCAUAGAGAAAAUUUCUAGGAUAAGAUUAUUGAGGAACUUGCCUCCCUAAAUGGCCAUGUCCACAAGUGAAACAAUGCAGCAACAUCAGAGAAAAGAUCUACACUGGCCACUGUACCAUGUAGAUCUUGGUUUUUACUCUUAAGCAAAUCCUUGAGAAAAUCCUAAAGAAUGAACCUGGAGUAUAGAAAACAAAUCCAAAAUCCAGCUCUUUAUUUCUGAAGAACACAACACUUUAGUUUCUGUGCUUGGUCCCCCUCAACCAGGAUGCUAAACCAAGUGUGGGACCCAAUAGCCAGCCACUUCAGUGGUCACAAACACAGACAGUUGGAUUUGGACCCUGAGAAAGAAUUAAGAAGCAGACAGGAGAAAGGUGAUAAAGGAACCAAGUAGCUUUUGCCCCUACCAAAGGAAAACUCUGUACCUGCAUUUUUAGAAAUAGUGCACUUUUUUGUAGAUACAUGUUUUGUAUUUACAACAGAAAAUAUGUGGGGGUGGAGGGUGGAUGGGUGAAGGAUGUUUUUUAAUGAUGUUUUUUCUUGGCCUUUGUAUUCUAAACUCUCUAUUUUAAGGCCAUGAAUAUGCAUGCUCUGGAUUUGUGGCUUUGUAUAUGUUAAAUAAUCCAUAUUAUAAGCAUGUAGUCUAAAAAAAUUCCCAAAAGCAUUUUUUGUUGGUUGUUUUUUGUUUUUGUUUUUUAAGGAAAGUUGAAAAUUUUAGAUAUGCAGGUGAUAACACACUAUCUCAGUUGGUUCGGGGUCCACAAAACAGGGGGUAAUAUCUAAUUUGCAACGAAUAUAUGAAGGGUAGUUUUAUACCUUUACUUAAUUGUUCAUGAAAACAUUCAGGUAGUAAGAAUGAAAAAAUACCAGCUGGGUAUGUUUUUGGUAGGCAUGGAGCAUAUAUAUUGCUUUGUGCCAAAAGUAUUGACUAAUUCUUUUCAUGUCAAAGAAUUGGGUAGAUCCAAUUAAUUGUUCAUUUCAUCAUAAUAACUACUGUAUAAUAGAUGUGACAUACUAAUAUUGUGUUUUGAACAGCAUGGUCUGCAAUUGUGAGUCUCAUUUCUCCUUUAGAGUCUGUAAGACAACUCUCUCUCUCUCUCUCACACACAUACACACACACAUAUACACACAGACACAUACACACAGGUGCACAUGCACACAGAGACAGAGACACAGAGAGACAGAGAGUGUUUUUUAAAGUUGGUCAAUCAUACUGUUUGUUUAUAAGCAUCCAAAUGCACUGUAUCAUGUAACUAUUGUCAUAAAGUAGAUCUUGAACUCUUUUCUCAUAAGAUUUGUAUAUCCAGUGAUUUAUUCAAAGUAGAGGACUUCCAGUGUGGAAGCUUUCUCUCUCAAUGUAGAUCAGCAACUCUUCCCAAACUUAGCAUCCUAGGGCAUUGAGAAGUUGAGUGACUUGCUCAUGUUCAAAGGUAAGAUUUGAACUCAGGUCUUUCUGACCCAAAGUCAGCCCUCCAUCUACUAUCCCAAACUGCUUCUUCUAAUAAAGUUGUAACCAAUCAAAGCACAGUUCUAAAUCCAUAGGAACUCUUUCCCAGAGUAUCUUACUGAAAGUAGAGGAGAAGCUGGGAACUGAUUCUAUGGAAAGGUAGAACUACAUAACUACACAGCAAAAAAUGAUUUCCCUGUAGUAAAAUUUUCAGAAGAUGUCAGAACAUUAAAAUUCCACUAUACUCUUUCCAAUCGGUUAUUCUUUAACAUACAAUGUUGAAUGUUACAAGAAUAAGACUAUUGAAAAUUAUUAAACAUUCUUCAGAGAUUAUGAGCUAGUGUAGAGCUACAAUUUUUCUUCCCUUUUUUGUAAGGGAUUAAAGAGAGGAUGAUCUCUUUUAGGGUUUGCUAUCUAAAAGAAGGAUAAUUUCCCUAGUUGGAUUUUCAUAAAUGAUUAACAUGUACAUAAAAUUAAGCUUAUAUAUGUACAUACAAUUAUGCUUGUAUGUUAAAUAUUUUUCUACUCACUAGAAAUGGAGUUUUAGAUUAGUAAGUUUCCACUCUGAACCUAGGUUACAGAGAGUAGUUUUUAAUCUUCAUCUGGUUUUCUGGAUGUGGUAGAGACCAGUAACUCUGGUUCAAUAGAAUUGCAUAUGGAUCAUGCAAUGAAAUGAGUUGAGUCUUGGGCACCUAUGGAAUCCUUGUGCUUAUUUUUUUAGACAGGUUUCUUAAGAGAAAUCCUAGAGCUCUUAACUAAAAAUAUAGUGUGUAUUUGCAUGAGAAUGAGUUUUUGGUAUCAGAACUAAUCCUUUUUUUUUGAAACAGGAAAAAAACCAAACUGCAUUCUCAGGUUCAUCAUGGCUUUAUUUUUGAGAACAGAUGUUUUGUUUCAAAACCAUAGCUUUUUGAAGGUAGGCUUGUUUUUCAAUUGCUAAAUACCAAACCUUUAUUCUAUACUCACUAAUAUUCCUCCAGGCUUUGAUGUACUUGAAAGAAAAUAUUCACUGUGGUUUGUUUCCAGAGAUAUUUAAUCAGUCUACAGUUUCUGAGCAGGUAAGAUAUCAUUUUUCAUCAUAGUUGUAGUUUUAUUACUGAAACAUCAGUAAUAUUCAUUGCUGAAAAAAUAUUCUUUUCUAUUUAAACUAUUAUGUUUAUCAAAAUUAUUUCAUUUUUCAGUACUAAAUUUCUAAGAUAGAUCAUGCACAUAUAGAUUCAUAAGGAAAAUGGAUAUUUAGUAUAUAUCUUUCCUUGUUAUUCAUUGAAGCCUGCAAAUCCAAUCCAAUAAGCAUUUUUAUAUGUCUACAAUGUGCCAGGCACUAGAUUUGAAAAGAUAAGCCAAAAUAUAGUCCCUGCCCUAAAGGAGCUUCUAUUCUAGCAUUAUUCCCUUGUGGGGAAGGGUAAUGUGGUCCAUUGAUUAUGGUCCACAUCUUUAAUUACUGCAUUUAUAUGAUAUGGUACAAAUAGAUUAUGACCAUCUUAAUACUGACUUUUUGGCAGAAAUUUUUUUGUUUGGGAAGACUAAGGGGAAAAAAGUCACAAAGAUAUAGGUAUGAUGAAGAUAUAAGAAAGGCAAAAAUGACAGUAGACUAACUUCUAAACAUUUUAUUAUCAGUUUAAUUCACAAUGGAAAACAUUUGGACUUAACCUAUAACAUAAGGAAUUUGAAUGAAUCAUAGGAAAACUUUCUUGCUUACAUGACAUAGCCAUUAGCAUUUUUCUAAUCUAAGAUGGUAUGUUCAUGUUAAUCUGUUUGACAGAGAUGUUAUGAUUCUAUGACAAAAUAAAUAGUUUGUACGAAUGGUCAUGUGUUCAUGAUAAAAAUGAUUCACAUGAGACUUAUCUUGCCAUUGUUAUUGUACUAAGAGUAGUAUACACACCAGACACACAUACUCCAUGUCCAAAAAGCUUGGUAGAAAGUCAGAUGAAAAAUCGACAAGAAUUUCUUCAAACAGGAAAGAUAGGACUUUGCAGCUAGAGGUGGUGGUCUGCCCAUCAUUCAGAUGUGUAUCAUGCAAGAGUACUAAGCCUAGCCUACUAUAUAGAGAAGUGUCAAGUAUUGAGAUACAAUGGUGUGAUCCAUAUUACCAUUUGUUCUGUAUCAGGUAGCAAGGAAAAUUAGAGUUUUAAUUAGCUCAUGCUGUGUAUCAGCAAAGGAUUUAUUUAUUUUUUUUUUUAGCAAAGGUCUUUUAAAGGAGGAUAUAAUAUCAUCAACUUGGUUUAGCCUUUUACCUUAAAGUGAGAUGAUGAACUAGGUCAUCCUUAAAAGUCCCUUUCAGCUCUAAAAAUGCUCUGUUGAUUUCCUGUUCCUUAAGAAUGGUAUAUUCCCUGGGAAAAAAAGAUCUACUCCAAAGAAAUUAUUGCCAACCAGAGAAGCUAGCCAUCAUAAAAUUAAAAUCUACAAGUUAUUUAAAUUUUAAUAGGCUAAAGUGAUAUGGGUAACCCAUUGAAUAAUCCUCCAAUUUCCCUAUAGCUAGAUAGUCUUUCAGGAAAAAAUAAAUAAAUAAAUACAACAAGAAGAAGGCAGUAAAAGGUUUCCAUUCCUAGAAAUUCUAUGGAGAAAUGGAUCAGUUAAAAAUCAUGUGAAUCCAUCCAGAAGAGUUUGUACCUAAUGUGCCUUUUGAGUGGAAAAGGAAAUAAAUUUUUAAACAAUUUAUAGGAUUUUUUAAAAAGAAUUUAUCCAAAAAUAAGAUACUGACCAGAAUUUUUAACUUUUUAUUUUUUUUUUAUAGAAAGGAAUUCUAUUCCUUAAAUAUUUUAACACUGGUUGACAGGCUACUUAUAACACAUUACUUACUAUUAUAUAUACUAAUUCCAAGACAAGACUAUGACUAGAGCCAGUAGUUAGUUUUCUCCUGUGCAUUCUCAGGGAAAUUGAUGUCAAUUAUUUUAUCAUUUCUUCUCAGAAUUAUUGUUUAUGAUUCAGCAGGUCUGGAAAGUAAUCAUCCCCCUUUUCAAAACCUGAUAUGUUCCUCUUCCCUUACUUUCUUUAGUACCACAUGCUUCAUUGAAGAUAGUGCUGAUACACCUCAAUGUUUUGCAGAUUUUUCCAACUUUCCAAGAUGAUCCCACUAUACUUGAGCACUGGGUUGAAGAUACCCAAAUAGAAUACUAUUGCUGGGUGCUGAUAAAUCAGUCCAAGCAUAACAGUGAUUGUAGCUAUGAAGAAUCAAAAGUGGAUACUGGCAAGAAUGGAUAGCUCAUUUAACAACAAUACAGUGUAGCCUAAGAAAGAAAAAUAAGUAUGUUUUAAUUCCUAAUCAUGGGAGAGACAUGGCAGCAAUAAAAAAAAAAAAAAAAAAAAAAAAAAAAAAGAUUCCUAUGCUUUUGAAUGCAGGUAUUCAGUAAGGACUUUGUGGUAGAAUUGAGAUAGCAAUGACCUAGCAGUCCAGAAAUCAGGAUGUUAAUCUGCCACUAACUCAAUCUACCACUAACUGUAACCUUGGACAAGUAAUUUUAAUUCCUUGAAAUUCUGUUUUAUCUGUGAAAUGUUUUGGGUAGAACUAUCUAUGCUCUCAGAGACAUGCAUUGUAAAAAAAAAAAAAAUGAGAUACACAAUGGUUAACAUAUAGUUUAGACUCUCUUGGUACAUCUAUGCUUGGAAUCCUGUUAUUGAUCCUUAUCUUUUUGGCAGUUCUCUUUAGGAAUAGAGACCUUUGCCAGAGUCUGGUCCUGUAUUAAUCUCAGGGAAACUUUUUGGAGUUUCAGGAGCCAAAAACUGAACUCCUUGUUUUAAAAGAGAUUCGUUGAAUUCAUUUCCCCCAUUGCAAAGGUAUGGAAUUUCAAUCACUACUACUUAGCAACUGCUCAAUCCCUGAGAAAAAAAAAAUGCCCAAGAGGCCUCCUCCAUUUCUGAAUAGUGGCAACUUGUGGACCAAAAUCUAGGACAGUUUGUCAUGUGUAUAGAAAUGAAUUGAAGGACUGAAUUCUUGGAAUUAAGAGGCAAAGUCAAGCACAGUCACUUUUAUCCUUGACUUUUAAUAAAUGCCCAAUGACUUUUAAAAGUAUGUUUCUAAGUCCCAAGAAUAUUUAUUGAAAAGACAAUAGUGAGACCAAGAGUUGAAGAAUACAUCUGCUAUUUUCUUGGCCCCAUAGGAUACAAUUCACCCAAGUGAUUCUAUUGUUUAGCAACAUAACCAUACUAAAUGAUGUCAUGUAAAGAAUAUCAUUUUGAAAAAUUGAUGAUCCAUUAAGAAAUUCUUAUGUUAUUUUUCCUAAAGAAAAUAAAUUAUUUAGCCAUGACAUUUACAUUAUAUACAAAUACACUAUUUGAUCACAAUUUUAAGGUCGUCCCAAUAUAAUUUAUUAGAGAUCAUAAGAUUCUGAUGACCAUAAGGAAUAGAGAUAGACCAAAACCCUGCUAUUGAUUAACCAAAGUGAGAAAAGCACAUUCAUUCUUGUGCUAUAAUGUAUUGGUAUCUUAAUAUUAGAUUACAAAGCUGUCACUUUCACCAUUCUGAAAUAUGUCAUCCAUGGGACAAAAUGAGCAUCUAAUAUUAGCCUUUCUUCUCUAGCAGAUUUUAGUUCUUAUUUUUUAGAGACUGAGAUAAAUUGAGAUUUAUAUCCAGCUACAAUAUAUUGAAUAUGUUUAAAGUUUUUUUUAAAAAGACAAAGCUCAAUGGUAGCUGGCUGCCAACAAAAUAAGAAAGAGAAUGUAUUGACAAAAUUGUAAUGAACAUCAGUAUUUAAGAUGUGUGUGUGUGUGUGUGUAUGUGUGUUGUAUGUGUACAGAAGAUAAUUUCUAGCAAUUUUUCUAUUAUUCCUGAAUAUUGAAUUCUAAUUUCAUGCCAUGUCUAAAUUUACAUUACCCAGUAACAUUUCUAACCUGUUUUUUCUAUACUACAUUUAUUUUGGCUAUCUCCUUACCAUGCUGCUUCCACACUAGCCUUCAUUCUCAUUUCCUACCCUACCAUUGGACUCUGCUCCUUGGAUCUCUAGUUCUGACACCUGAGCUUUCAUGUUGCAGGAAUCAGGCCUCUAAACCUUGUCCUACCCAUUUCUGUACCAUGCCACUUUGUUCAUCAUCUCCCCUCCCCCCAAAAAAAAGCUUCCCUCUCCAUGUUGUUCUCCUAAUUUUUUAGUUUCAGAAACAUUCUUGCUUGCAUUUGUACUCCCAGCAUAAAUAGAAAACAAGAAAUAUGGAAAACAGUAUUUAUAUAUUUUAAUGUAUUUGUGGAACUAGAGAAUUUAAACUAGGAUGGACUGGUCUAAUGUUAUUUUUCUUGGAGAUGUAAGUCACACAUUAACAAUAGUUAUCCUGAAGAAGCCUAAAAUCUAAAGAGCUAUUUGUGUCCUAGCAGCCCCAUUUUCUACCUGGAAUAUCUUGGCCAAGUCCUUUCCAUUCUCUGAACUUUAAUUUCCUCAUCUAUAAAUAAGAUUAGGCCAACUGAGCUCCAAGGGCCAUUCCACUUCUAAAUCCUAUGAAUUUUUAAAACUUGAAUUCAACUCAAUUCAACAUACUGUUAAGAAGAGCUCACCAUCUUCAAGUCAUUUGGAAGACAAAAGCAAAACUGUUCCUGCCCUCAAGAAAUUUACAUUCUUACAAAGAUAAAUCUAUCAAAUUAGUUAUUUUUGUUUGCCCACUGAUCUUACACUUCUUACUAAACCACCCUGGGCAGGGGUGUGAUACCCAAUGGAAAGAGAGCUGUAUUGGGAAUUAGAGUUAACAGGUUUUGAAUCCAGACUUAGACAUUUAAUACUUUUGUGAAUCUGUGAAUAAGGCCCUUAUUCUCUUGGGAUCUGUUUCUUAUCUAUGAAAUGAAGACCUUGGGGUAGAAAUUUAAAGUCCCUCACAACUCUGAAAAUCAGUGAUUCUCUAAGCAAUCACAUGUUGGGAAUGGAGAGUUUUCCUCCUAUACAGGUUCUGUGAACCAAUUAUCUUCUUUCUCCUUGGAGCCCAAGUCAUUCUGAUUUCUGCCUGGCAUAUGAAAUUUUUCUUACUUUAGCAGACCAAGUUUAAAUUUUGGGAUCUAAAAAAAUAAAUAUCAGAAAGUCCUCCUAAUAUUCUCCAAGGCCCUUUUCUACUGCCUCAUCCUCUCUUGUCAAGUGAAAGAGCUAUUUUAAAUGAUAUUUCCAUGUUUUUAUCAGGCAUUUCUCUGGUUAGAUAUCAACUGGUUUUCUCUUAGGUAUUACUUCAAAAAAUAUGCAAUGAAUGCAGAUAUGAUGAGGCAAUCCUCCACACAACUUUGCAACUAGACCUGCUAAAAACCCAGCAGUCAGCAUUUUCCUGAUAAGCUCAGGAUACUCUCACUAUCCUCCCCUCCUUCCACUGACAGGUUGAGUACUUUCAAUGAAUCAAUUGUCUGAAGAAAUACAUAAAAAGUGCUAUAGAUUAUUUUAAUGGCUACUUUUGGGGAAGGGAAGCAUAUAUAUUUGCCAAGUCAUGAUGCCGAAAAAAAAAUGUUUUAUGUCAGUCCCUAAAAUAUUUGCCCCACUCACAAGAUAAUGCAAACCAAUUUGCUGAUAUGCCUCUCUUCCUAAGAAUGUCAAUGACUUUAAUAUCUAUGAUAUUAUUCAGAAAUCACCAAUCAUAAGAGAGAACAGAUUAGUGAAAGAGACAUAGCACAAAAUGGAAAAAACUGAUUUUAAUGAAAUACAAAAGUUAACAAUUCAUUUAGGAAAAGUUUGCAAUUUGAUGAGCGAGACCUCUAGCAGAAAUAAUGACCACAAAGAAACUCUAUUCCAAAUCCUAAGGUCCUCCCAGAAAAGAAUCACAUCAAAUCUUCAAGAACAACCUACCCAUUUCUUUUUUUAAGAAAUGAAAUUCAAUUUUAUUUCAAUUAUCAAGCAUAUUUUCCUCCCCCCAUCUUUACCCUCCACCUAUGCAGUAAAAAAAAAGAAAGAGAGAAAGAAAAAAGAAAGGAGAAGGGAAGAAGGAAAGGAGAGGGGGAAAGAGGGAAAAAAGAAAGGGAGAAGAGGAGAGAAGAGAGGAAAAAAAGAAGGGAGGAAGACAGAGAAGAAAAAAGGGAAGGAAGGAAGAAAAGAAGAAAGGAAGGAAGGAAGAAAAAAGGAAGGAAGGAUCCUUGCAUCAUAAAAUUUAGUUUAUCAUCUCUCUGUCAUGAAGUGUUAAACACUCUAGAAAGCAAUUUGGAAUUAGAUCCCAAAAGUUUCUAAACUGUGCAUGUCCUUUGACCAAGCCAUAUCACUACUAGAUCUAUACUCCAUCUAUUUCUUCAUAAUGGAAUGCCUUAGAAAUUGGAGGAUAGAGAUAAGUCAGAAAAACACAUCAACCUAGCAGGCUGAAUGCAUUCAGAGAUGAUCAAUAAAGAUAUUUCCCAACAUCUUACAGAUAUCAUAAAUGAGUUGGACUUUAAUUUAAAAAUAAAAGGUUAAUACAUCAAUGUGCUUUCUAGUCAUAAUAGCUGUUUUUUUUUCCCUCUUGCUUAAAUGUCCUUCCCAAUUUCUUUACCUCAACCCCCAAAAAUGAGAAUAGAAAAAUUUUCAGGAAUUUGAGUCCUUUGAGAUCUUACGUGUGUGUGUGUGUGUAUGUGUGUGGAGAGAGAGACAGAGAGAGACAAAGACAGAAAGAGAGAGAGAGCACCUAUAUAGAAAGAUGCAUUUUGUAUAGCAAAUGAAACAAGUAACUAACUAAGAAUGAGAAUGAGUACUUUAUAGGACAGCAGUUUUUUGUAGAGUGGGCAAGUUCCACAGGGAUAGCACACAGGCUGGGAUUUAUCUGAAGUGAUAAUUGGAACACAGAUGGAUACCUUCAAGAUUCAGUGCCAGCAGCAUAGACAGGAAGUCGAGAGGGGGAGACAGUGAAUCACAGCAUAAGAGAUGGGGAGGCUGGGACCAUUUCCUACUUUAGAGGAUACUCCAAGUCAUCUGUUUCAGGGACAUCAAACACAGCCAUGUGAACUGGAGUUAGAACUAGGUUCUUCUAUAACUAGUCCUGAAAGAUGGUUAGAGGGAUCAUCUUCACAGAUCGUGACUGAGAAAAUCAUAAGCAGUUCAGAAAUCUGGUUCAAACUUUUGAUAGUAUACUUUCAUUUCUCUCUUCCCCCAUAUCUUUCUACUAUCUAAUAAAAACAUUAACGAGACUAUUUUAGGUGCAAAAGCCAAAAAGAUAAUUAUCUUAGAAUGAAGUAUGUUGGACGAUGGAAAAGGGAAAAAAGGGAAAUGAUCGAUUUUAUUCUGUGAAUUAAAAAUUAAAUAUGGUUUUGAAGAACACAUGACACUAUAAGAAAGUAGAAAGGGUGAAAGAAAGAAAAGCAGCAAAAGAGAAACAGAGGGAAGAAGGGAGGCAAGCAGGGAGGGAAAAGGGAGGGAGGGAGGAAGGGAGAGAGAGAGAGAGAGAGAGAGAGAAAUUUGUUGUGUAUUAGCAAGAGUCCAACAACACUGGGAUAUCAAUGUAGCUUCUAAAUGUCCUCAGGGCUCACAAUCCAACUAAGUAUGUGUUCAAAUGUUUUAGGGUGAAUGUAAGUCCUCUUUUUGUUUUUAUGUUAAUGGCACAUGCUCUGGUGAUUGGAAUAAAAUUAAUAAUUGAAUUAGUACAAAAGGAAAUAUGAGAAGAAUACAUUUAAUAUCCUAGGAGUUGUCUUGAAAAGCUUGCUCUUGCCUCCCUUCCCAUAUAUUUUGGGAGUCAAUCUUAUUUCAUACUCAGUAUAAAUCUAAUUGUGAGAAUGCCUAACUUUGGAUGUUCCUGGUCCAAUACCAUAUUACAGGAACAUAGCAAUAAAAGCAGAAUUGAGUUAUGUUUUGAAUUCAGUUCAGAGUCAAGCUGUAACAUUUUCUGAGUUUGGUCUGUUGAGUUAUAAAAGGUGCCAUGAUGCUUCCUGCUAUAGCAAAGUAUAUGAAAACAGAAGUGUGCAAUUGGAAAAUGCCUCUCCUGUUCUUAUUCAUGUACAGACUCUGGGACUCCAGUUUUCAAAGGGACAGAAAAUUUAAAGUUUAUAAAGAGGUUUUAUUCUUCAAUACAUUGUGGGUUUUUUUCCCCUUCCUGUGGUUUUGAAAUGUACAAAUGGUGAAACCACAAGGAAAAAAAAUUUGUUACCUUUUUAAUUGAAUUCAGCUAAUUUUGUCAUUUCUGUAUAAGUAUUAUUAACCGUUUGUCUUUUUUCCAUGUUCGUUUUGCAAUUUGUUGUAAAGUACUACAUACAACUUGUAUGCAGAGCUGUCCCAAUUGCCUGUGUUAGUUAGAUCUUUAACAGAACUGAGAGCAUGCAUUUCUCUGUUUUCUGAUAACCUUAUGAAUUUAGAUACUUGUAUUUCUGUGUUUUAAAGUGUUAUCACUAUUGGUAAACAUGAAAAAAUAAUGAUACUAUUGUCUAAGGAAAAACAAAAAAAAGUUUUAUUAGAUCCAAUUAAUUUACAUGGUUUUUCAUUUGAUUUGAUAAUGUGUGAACUAUCUACUCAAAGAUAAUACAGAGUUUAUGAAUAAAUCAGUUCUCUUUGGCUCUAACUUGAAUCCCUAGGGCUUAUGACAUGAUAGAAUCAGAAUGGAUUAGGAACCAACUUCAGAUCAAGUAACAACUUUCUGGUAUUGUGUUCAGAAAGGAUCAGGUAAGGGAACAAAGGUCCUGGUGAUAUUUUAUAAAAGUUGACAAUUUUAGAAUUAUAGAAGAUCCAAAGCCAUUAGUAUAUGGGUCUCUGCCUUCUGGAAGUUUACAGGCAACUCUUGAACAUUUAAGUUUUGCAUCUAAAUAAGUUUAUAGAUUUGGAAAUAAAUAUAAUCUUUAGUUCAUCUAGCCUCCUUUUACAGUCACUUGCAUAAAAUCACACAGAUGAUAAGAGGACUAUGAAAUUAUUUAGACACAUUUUCCCUUGAAAACCAAGCAAUAAAGGGUUCCCAUUUACUCUCAGGAUACUUACAAAAUUUUAACUCAUGACUCACAUUAAAGAGUCUAAGCCCCAGGUGAGUAGCUUAUUUGGAGCCAGCUAGAACUGACAUGAAUGAUUCUUCCACCAAUUUUGAAUGACAAAAAGCUUCCAUGAACUCAUAUUACUAGAGGGGACUCCCUCCCCACCCCACCACAACCAUGAGACUUAGGUGGGGGAGGAGAUAGGCAUUCAUUUAUUAAGUACCUACUAUGUAUAAGGUACCAUGUUCAGCGCUUUACAAAUAUUUUAUUUGAUCCUGAUGACUCCAGAUGAGAGGAAUAUUAGAAUGAGCUCUUUCCAUCGUGUGGAAUUACGUAUGGAAUUCUGGAGGAGCUUGAACUGGGGAGUUUCCACUGAAUAGGCAAGUAACAAAGAUCCUUGUAGUGAGUUUGCUUAGAAUUUCUGAUUGGCAAAGGGGAAAGACUAAGGCAAUAGAGAAUGAAGAUUAUAGGGACAUAGAUUUAGAUCUAGAAGUGUUCUUAUAAAGUUUAAGCCCCUCAUUUUAUAAAUAAAGAAACCAAGGCACAAAGAAGUAAAAUAAUUUAACCAGGAGUCACAAAGAUAAUAAGUUUCUUUAGUCUUUGAACCCAGUUCCUCAUGACUCCAGGACUAGUGCCUACCUACUAUGCCAUGGUGUUAAGUUUUGAGUAAUUAGAGUUCUCAGAGAGGAAAGAAUGAGGAACUUUGAGAACUCAAUGUAGGAAAAGCAGCUUUGACUCCCAGAGCAACAGUGGCCAGGACACUGUGGGCAGAUCAAAUUAAAUAAAACAUUUGGGGGGAAAUAAUAAAGUAAUAAAUAAGAACUAAAGGAGGUGUUGAAGUUCCUCUCAUUUUACAAAUGAGGAAACAUGAGUCUAGAAAGAUUUAAGGGAUUUGUCCUAAAUGACGUAUCAAAAUCAAGAAUUAAAUUCAUGUUCUGACUCCAUGUCCAACUCUGUGUUCACUAUGUCAAAUUGUCCCAGGCAAAGGUUCUAGGAAAAAAGUCCUGACCAUUGAUAUGGGUGCUAUUCACAAGUCACGUUACUAUUUAAAGAGCUCUUCAAAGUGCCUAUACAUUAUUGCCCUUUGUAGUCAUAGUAAGUCUGUUCUCAUGGCUCUGUGCCACAUGCUCAUCUCAAAUCUGGAUUCAAUGAGAGCUUCUAACUUGAUGAACUCAUCACCAUCUGUAUCAACAAUCUUGAAAUGAGAACCUGCUAUGUGUAGGGAAAGCAUCAAGAAAAACCAGAUUAGACAACAACAGAUGUGACUUUUACAAUGAUGGAUAUUCUAGGCAACCCACAGAGCAGAGAUACUUCUUAAGAUUUCAUGAAUUUGUUUCAAGUUAGUUCAUUGGUCUCAGCAACUCAAAGUGUAGAAAACACUGAUAGUGAGAAUAAAUUUUAGUGGCAAAAAAUCAAGAUGCUCUCAAUAUCUCGGACUUAGUUCUAUUCCAGCAUUGGAGGUGGGUCUAAAACAGAGAGCUCUGAAGAAAUUGGAAGUUGGGGAAGAAAGCUAGGGUAGUUUUUGGGACAGUCUAGGCUUAGUGUCCAUUCUAGACACUAAAAAAAAAAAAAAAAAAAAAAAACA